AUGAGCGCUCAACGAGUGGCCGAUAUCGAAUCGGGUUUAAUUGAUGUUAAAGGUAGAAAAUCAUCAUCACAAUCAACUAAUUCCUCCAAUGGUCGAAAUUGUUGUUGCGAUUCACUUUUCCAAGGAAUCAUAUUUGUAAUCUGUUGUUUCCUAUUCGUCUCUCAAUCAAUGAUGCUAAUUAAAGUGUACUACAGUUUCCCGACAACCAUUUCAACCAAUUUAACCUUUGAUGAGAUGUUUGAUUUACCUUCGGUGACCCUUUGCUUUAAAAGUGACCUCAAACCAGGUUCCGUUGAACAGGCAACCGAAGUGUUUAAACGUAAUUUCAACAUGGAUGAUAAAAGUAGUAAAGAUGAAGAUAUUAAGUGUAACUUGAUGAUACCAACAAUUAACUCGGUUACUGGUUUAUCUGAAGUUUCACCAGUCGCUUGUAAUGAAAUUGUACCGACGGUGGAAAGUAUUAACUUUGGAUUGGGUAAAAAGUGUUACACUUUUUUCAGUAAAUUGGGUAAAUCAACUCGAUCAUCUCGUGAAUUAAAGGUUAGAGCGCCAAGAUAUUACUCGCCGAGUGAUGGUGGUGCUGACGGAGGGAAUGGCCUAUUAACCACUAAGAAUGGUGAUUUAUUAACACUGGAGAUUGAAUUUGGUCGUAAACACAUUGUUGAUCCUUUAACCAUUUCUGAUGAUCUCGGUGUCUCCUUGUCCAUUCAUCAAUCAAAUGAAUUGCCGUUGGGAACUCAAAAAAUAUCAAAACUGAAACCGGGUUACAAUUACUUGGUCACGUUUGAUAAGAUUGUUGAGAAACGGAUGCCACCGCCGUUUAGAAAUGGAUGCGACCAAUAUAAGAGUAACAAUAAUAAUAAAGAGAAAGUUAAUCAGCCGGCUAAUGGUGGUGAUAGUUUAGAGAGUGUUAAACAAUCAGCAGAUGAUUUAGAGGAAAUUGUUUCCCUUCAUUCACAUAAAUCACCUCGAUCCAAAUACGAUUGUGUUGAUCAGUGUUUAUUGACAUUGUAUCGGGAAACAUGUAAUUGUUUACCAUCAGAUAUAAAUGUCCGUCGUGAUUUACUUCGAGCAACGGACACUUUUUGUACCAACACAAAGUGUCAAUCGCUUCAGAUUCAUCGAGCUGAAUUUUGUGCCACUCUACCAAGAUGUAAACCAAAUUGUGAAGAUGAAGUUUAUAAUUUUGUCACCGAAGUGGCCGAUUCACAAUCAACAUCAAUGGUAUUGUCACAUUACAUAAACAGUCAGAAACAUCGGACAGCAUCACCAUCGAGGCCAACUAAUUACAAUAACGGAGGUGGUUACAUUAUGGGUCGACCAAUGAUACCAAAUAGUCAAUUUCAAUCAUAUGGUUUACAGGAGGCUGGUAGUUAUCACGGAUCAUUGGCUGAAUCUACUUCUGAUAUUGUCAAUGUACUUGGUAGUUUAUCGAAGGCUUUUGUUACCGUUCGUAAAUCAUCUGGACCCGAUGUGGUCUAUGAACAUCGACCACAAUAUAAUUACUUUGAUUUUAUCUUUCAAUUGAUGACUUUGGCCUGUGUUUGGCUUGGAUUCUCCGUUUUCUCACUUCUUUGGAAGCCAUUUUAUAUCAUCUUCAAAAUAAUCUCCUUCUGUCUUUGUUUGUUUACACGUAAUUCCCGUCAAACUAAACCAUUGAUCAAUGUCGAUUAGCAAAUAUCACCUUUGAUUGUAUUAAAAUUAUCCAGAGAUGGUAAAUUCACUU